GGUGACCAAUCACAGCGCGAGUUGAAACCAGUGUCGGAAAUCGAGGGCGGCGCCAGUCGGGCGGCGGCAGGCCGGGAGCCAACACCUACCUACCUCCUAUUCCACGGCUGGUGAAUGGUCGACGCGGCAGCUCUGGUCCGCCAAAGGCAUUCUGACAAAGGCCUUCGCAAGAGCUCAUCACUCUCUUCCGUUCACGAUGAAGACCGCAACAGCAUCAUUGUUCAUUGUGGUGUUGGUGGGGCAGUCCUGGGCUCCUUGCCUGGCCAUUACAAAUCUUUUCCACAGGGUCUCCGUGUCUGCUGCGACCGUUUCGGCGUCUCAGCGUCUCGAGGUUGCCCCGGAAAGUUUCAGUAAUAUCAAGAGUUCGAUCAUCUGCAGCCUUCGAGAGUGGUGCGACCUGUGGUGCCACGACCAGACCACCGACCAGUGCUUCUAUUCCGACCUGAUUGUAAUGCCAGGUUACAGCGAGCCCAACUUGGCCGACGCCCUCACCUGCUACACCCGACGCCAUCCCGACUUCGCUACCGGGGCUGUCAUCGAGGGGACGGAAGUCCAUCCUGUCUACGCCGGCGUGAGAGAAAAGAGCAACCUUGUGGACGGCAUUUACGACCGGAAGUCUAUGAGCCAGUGUUUUGAUCCUAAUGAGUUGAACGACCCAUGGUUCAUGCUGGACUUCAGGGCUCCCGUGACCUUUCGCCUCGUGAAGUUUUUCGCGCAGCCCGGAGGGGCGGCCUUCAUGAUCAACCGCAUCAGCAACCUGGAGCUUCGGGUCAGUGUCUCACCCGCGGCCACUCCGGGCGAUUUCAGCGCAUUCCUCGUCUUCGGGUUUUUCACGGGCCCUGCCAUUGCUGGACAGGAAAUUAUCGUGGAAGGAGCCUCGCCCGUCACGGCCAGGUUCGUCACCGUGCAAAAGAUGGGUCUCACUACUAACUUCCAGCUGUGCCAUAUUGAGGUUUAUUAGGGAGGCCAACCGGAAAUGUCUCAGAUGGAAAAGAUCUUAUGGUGACAAUCCAGAGUUAUAAAGGAAACGAUUUUUUUAAAAACUGCGAGGACUCAAACAAAACCCAAAAGGAUUAAAGCAGUCAGGGAUGAGGAUAUCAAUACAAAGCCUCAUUGUCAGGAAACUAACUGGAAAAAUAAAUGCAGAAAGGUAAGGACAGAAAUCGAGUAGCUGAAGAGCCAAACAGCAUGAAGUCAGAGAGACUAAAAGAGACUAUAUGAGAAAGAUAGAAAUUAUAAAUUCAGAGUAAAGAACAGGAAGACAAAAAAGGAACCUAGGCUAAUUUCGUUACUAGUCAGUAUCUGAAUAUGAAGGCAAAAUGAAUUGUAAUUGGUCCGGAAUACUGACGUUAUUAGUCAUAAAAAAAA